AUGUUAGACUUAACUCUUCCUCAGUGCAAAAAAAGAAUUUUAUGGACCGAAGACGAAGAUAAACUCUUAAAGUAUUUUGUAAGUAAAUUCUAAAAUGAGAGGCUUGGCUGGAAAAUGAUUUCACAGGCUCUUCGAAAAUAAGGCUAUGACAGAAAUACGAAAGCCUGUAGAGAGAGAUUUUUUAAUUAUCUUGACAUCUCUUACAAUAAAAGUGUGUUGUCACAAUUUGAACUUGAUAAGCUCUUUGAUCUCAUAAAAAUACACGGAAAUAAAUGGACGUGCAUCGCUAAAGAACUCAAUCAUCGAACAGAUCAAGAUAUCAAGAAUUAAUUUUAUGCACAUGUUAAAAAGGUGUUUAGGCGAUUAUUAAAAGCCUCAUAUAAAACAAAUGAAACUACUUAAGGUUCAAUAAUUACAGCUAAGUUACAACCCCUAUUGAUCUCAAGUAUAUUUUGCCAUGAUAAUGAGAUUGAUCGGAAGCAAAUCGAUAUUAAAGAUGAUAUGAAAGAGCUUUUUAAAAGUUUGAUCAGGGAAAAUAAGUCAAUACAACAAGGAGAAAAUAUAAAUGAAGAUACCAGAGAAAAAGUUAAAUAAAUUUCAUUAUAUUUGGAGAAAGAAAAUUAAAUAUAUCUAUAAAAUAAAAUUACAAGAAAAGAGAAGAAAUUAUAAGAAAAAACUAAACAAACAAACUAAAAAAUCAAAAAUGUUUAUAGUGAGUUUCAAUAAUAAAAAAUACUGGAGAAGAUUUAAAACAAAAAACCCAUUUUCCUCUCUGCAAUCAAAAUGCUUGAUCAUCCAUCCAUAAAAUUUGAUGCAAAUUUUUAGAAUUCCUAUAUCUAUGAAGAAUAAUCUAAGAACUUUGAUAAUUAAUAAUAACAUUAGAUUAUAUCCUACACUCCUUUUAAUUACCAACAGUCCUAUAAAAACGAUUCAUUUUAUUCCCCUGAUUUAAUUUAAGUGAAUAACCACUUUGAUUCCUACAAUUAUCCCACCAUUUGGAAUGCUUGA